CAAAUAUCAUAACGGAUUGAAUCUUCCUUUUUUAUCCCCUUGAUAAUUAUCUCACAAUGGCCCGUGGACCUAAGAAACACAUGAAGCGUUUGGCAGCCCCCAAGCACUGGAUGCUUGAUAAACUUUUGGGUUCUUAUGCCCCUAAGCCCUCUUCUGGUCCCCACAAGACUCGUGAAUGUCUUCCUUUGAUCGUCUUCAUCCGUAACCGUUUGAAGUAUGCUCUUAAUGGUCGUGAAGCUCAAGCUAUCUUGAUGCAACGUUUGGUCAAGGUUGACGGUCGUGUCCGUACCGAUUCCACCUUCCCCGCUGGUUUCAUGGAUGUUGUCUCCAUUGAAAAGACCGGUGAAAACUUCCGUCUUGUCUAUGAUGUCAAGGGUCGUUUCGCUGUCCACCGUAUCACUGAUGAAGAAGCCAAGUACAAGCUCUGUAAGGUCAAGAAGGUUCUCGUCGGUGCUAAGGGUAUUCCUUACAUCACCACCCACGAUGGUCGUACUAUCCGUUACCCCGAUCCUUUGAUCAAGGCUAACGAUACCGUCCGUUUCGAUCUCGAAAACAACAAGAUCUUGGAUUUCAUCAAGUUCGAAGUUGGUAACCUUGUCAUGGUUACUGGUGGUCGUAACAUUGGUCGUGUUGGUCAAAUCGUUCACCGUGAACGUCACAUUGGUGGUUUCGAAAUUGUUCACAUCAAGGAUGCUCUUGAUCGUGUCUUUGCCACUCGUAUCUCUAACGUCUUCGUUAUUGGUCAAGAAAACAAGCCUAUGAUCUCUCUUCCUAAGGGUAAGGGUGUCAAGCUUUCUAUCACUGAAGAACGUGAUCGUCGUAGAGCUGCUGCUGCUGCUGCCAAGAACUAAAUUAAAUAACUUUUUUUUUUCUUGUAAAAUUCUAAUAAAAAAAAAAGGUUGUGAUUUAA